UGUACAAGUAUAUGUGUGUGUGUGUGCGUAAUGCUCGUUCCAGCGGUAACGUGGUGUUCGGUGACUACGAGCGCGACGAGCUGGAGUGCAAGGUGAGCAUCGAGCAGCUCGCGGCGGGCGCGGAGUGCGAGCCGGCCGUGCUGCUGAUGCCCAUCGCGGACGUGCUGCUGCACCCCGAGUACAAGCACUUCAGGGUGCGCCACAGCCUCGCGCUGCUCAAGAUGAUCACCACCAUCAAGUCCGAUUACAUGCUGCCAGUGUGUCUGCCGUUCAAAAACUUCAUACUGGAGAAGAGCGGGAAACAAACCAAAAACAAAUUUUAUCAUCUAGACUUCAUAAGUGACGUUCCGAGGGACUUUGUCGAGGAGGACAAGGAAGUGACUCGGGUGAUGCUGCUGCCGCGCGAGCUCUGCUUCCUAUACGACGACCCUGUGAACGGCACUCGCAAGCUGAAGAGUCGCGUGGCGUGCACGACGGGCUGCGGGUUCCACUCCGGCGCGCCCACGCUGGUCCACGAGCACACUGGACACUGGUCGCUCGUCGCUCUCUCUCAAGGUGGCUCCCCCUGCCCAGACCCGCUCCGCUCUCGGCGCCCCCCGGCGCCGCCCCGCCACAUCCUGAUCCACCCUUACGUGCCGUGGAUCACCGCUGCCAUCACCGGCAAGGCGGUCGGCGCCUUCGCUAAAGACGAUCCAUUUGGGUUCAUAAUGCCGCGCGCGUCGCUGUACGACUACGUGGGCCACGGGUGGAGCGGGCACUGGUGGAUGGGUGGGCUGCGGUGCUACGACCGCGGGGACGCCGCCGACGACAUCUUCAAGUUCUACCACGAGGUGUUCCAGGUCAAGCCGUCCACCGAGACCUUCCUCACUUAUUACCUCGAGAUAGACGCUGCUCGUGACACGAUGAUCAUAUGCGUGAAGGUGGGCGUGCCGUACCGCAUCGGGCAUCCCAAAGUGUGGGAGUUAGACUCUCCUGAAGCUAGGAUCCGCAUCCCGCUGCUGCACUUCUACCACAUGUACAAGCUGCAGGUGGAGGGCUGGGCGUACAACUCCACCAGCGCCUCCGAGUCCUCGUCAUCAUCAUCAACAUCAUCCUCAUCAGAGUACUAACUACCGUUAAAUACAGUUUCUGACACCACUUCUGCAUUUUACUCUUGAAACCAUCCUUUUUUAUGUUAGGAAUGGGAUAUUUUGCAGAGUAAUAACGCCCUUA